GAACCCACCUGACAACGAUAUUAUACCCUUCUCGUCUCGGCGGCACAGCAAGUAGUGCAGUGCAGUGCAGUGCAGUAGAAGAAAUUAAUAAAUAAAUAUUAAUAUUAAAAAAUAAAUAAAUAAAGAAAAAUGUCGAAUAAUGCAGAGGAAACCCUAGCAGAAGUGGAAAAAGGAGGAGAAGAUGGAGAAGGAGCUGUACAGAGAAGCUCUGAUAACGAUGACAAUGGUGACCUAUCACACGAGUGGGCCACCAUGGCUCGAGCUUGGCUCUGCUCCUUCGCCGAAGCCAAAGCUGUGUCCAUGGCGGAAGUCGAGGCUUGGAUUGACUCUAACCUUGAUUCUAUUCCGGAAGGCAUCAAGUCAAUGCCUCGUCCUGAUCUUUGUCAAAGACUUAUUUCUAUUCAAAGUUGCAUCAGACUCCCCAUUGCUCCCACCCCCAUUCAGGAAAAAGAAGAUAAUCAAGUUGAUAUCCCACACGCUAGAUUUCAACGCACUGAUCAGUGGAGACCAGUUUAUUCAUGGUUAGAAUCUUUGGACAAAGAUGAGGUGGUUAAGUCUAAAGAUAUUUCUGAUUGGCUUGCUGAGAACCCAGAGGUCCAGGAACAGUUGUGCUCUAGACAUUCUCGGUAUCAUUUGAUGCAUUACAUAAAAAAGUGUCAUAUGAAGAUACUCAAGAGGAGGGAUAAGAGGAAGGGGAUUCAGCAGACUGAUAAACCAGCAUCUCAAAAGGGGUUGCAGCAGUUUGAGAAACCAGUUUCCCUAAAGGUUAACAAAGAUGUGGUGAUGAAACAACCAACCAGUCCAGCCGUGCAUCUAAGGAACUCUGCAAUCGAUCUACCGAAAGAUAGUGAUGCAUAUUUGGCCAAGCAAAAGGAAGCAUUUCAGAAAUACGAGAUUUUAGUGGAGUUGGAGAAGUUGCUAUCCCAAUCUUUGAAGCAUCAAGACCUAAUUAAAUGAAGAAUUUUGAAACAGCCACUAGCAGCAUGUAAAUGGUUUCCAAGGUCCAGUUGUUUGAUGAUCUUAUACAUUGAACCUAGAAAAAUUGUUCCCAAAGUUUGUAUUUAGCCUCUCUGUAAAUUUAAAAAGCAUUAUGAGGCUGACUGAAUGCCAUAUCUAGUUGUACUCAAUUUCCCCCCCUCCUGGACUGAAAUUGCCCCUAUCCAGAAUAUUUUGAAUAACGAAUCAUAAAGAGAAAUUUAGUCUUUA